AUGAAGUCUUUAAUUGUUUCGUUUUUAGUGUUUGUUGUGUACUGUAAGGCCAAUCGGUGUCAUCAAGGAUACCACGGACACUGUAGGUCGUUGUUUUUACUUUCUUUUGUUUUUGACUGACAUUACCUUACAAUAACAUAGUAAUAAAGGAUAUAAAUGUAGGCAUGUAGUACAUAACAAAAGUACACCCGAAUAGUAUUCCCAACCUUUAAUUAACUCACUCUACACUUUUGUUGACAAUAUUAUGUAACCACCGUAUCCUAGUGUAGUAUACUAGUGUUUAUUUUUAAAAGUACAUGGACUAAAUAAAUAAGUAAUUGGACCCGUUUCAGCUCAAGUUGGCUAUUGUAACAGUAAUGGAUGUGCUCUGGUUCGGUGGGAAGGCUCUAACCAAGAUGAAUACAUGUGUGUCUCCCAACUGGAAGACAAAAGUAACCUUUGCAUACAUUAAUAUCACACGUGUUUCAGCUUCUGCCCGCUUUGAAUGCCCCCACGUGCACCAACGUUCCGCAUGCUUCGACAAACACUCCGAGCAUUCAGAUGUGGCCCGGUCUGUAGAUCAGCGUGAGUUAUCAGAAGUGUUAGAAGCUGCUGGGAUCGACCGUGUUUGUUGUUGUAGAGGCCACAAGUGUAACGUGGCCAACGAAGACAUCAGCAGACACUUUGGGUACGAGCAGAUCGCCGCUCCUCACGCCGAAGAACAACGCAGAGGUCACGGUAGACAUCGUGACGACGACUUUGACCAAGAUGAGAAGAAGCACUCUUCAAGCUAUUCUGUAGUUGGUUCUACUGUUCUUCUGAUCGCUUCAUUUGUUGCCAUUCAAUAA